UUCUUGCAAUGGGUCUUGUAGUCUUUUAACCGUUACAAACUCCGUCCGCUACGUGCAAAACAGGUCACUUUAGAACUACAAUUCCCAUGAUGCAAGAACACUAGUCCGCCACGGGAUUGCUAGGAUUCAACGCGACUGCAGACCCAUCCUCAUCUAACUAUUUGGCGGUGCACAGGACGGGAAAACUUCAAUUCAUCGGAGUGGGAAAAGUUAAUUAGUUUAAGAAACAAACAUUAAACAACACAAAGUUGAAAAUGACAGAUCGAGCGAACAACUUCCCCCCUCUGCCGAAGUUCAUGCGCAUAAAGCCAUGUUUUUACCAGAACGUGGAUGAGGAAAUCCCGCAGCCCUACCAGCAGCUCGUGCGUCGUAUUUACAAUCUUUGGAUGCUGUACUGUAUAACGCUGUGUGUCAAUGUGGUGGCCUGCAUAGCCUGGUGGGCCGGUGGAGGUGGAGCGGUCAACUUUGGCUUUGCGCUCCUCUGGCUGCUGGUUUUCAGCCCAUGUAGCUACAUCUGCUGGUUCAGGCCGCUCUAUAAAGCGUUUCGGGCUGAUAGUUCCUUCAACUUUAUGUCGUUCUUCUUCAUUUUCUUUCUGCAAUGUAUUCUUGCCUUCAUCCAGAGCCUCGGCCUAUCAGGUUGGGGCGCUUGUGGUUGGAUUGCCACAGUGGGGUUUUUCGGCACGAAUGUGGUCUCGGCUAUAUUCAUGCUCAUCUGUACUCUGCUCUUCACCAUAGAUACAGUUCUAAUGGCGUUCAUUCUUAUCAAGGUUCAUCGGCUGUAUCGCGGAGGAGGAGGGAGUUUCCAGCGGGCUCAGGAAGAAUGGAGCACGGGCGCAUGGAAAAACGCCCCGGUGAGAGAAGCCGGAUUCAACGCUAUCUCUGAAACCGGCCCCAGCCUGCCCCAGUAUCCCGCCGCUGUGCCCAGUUACCCCGAGAGCGGGCCCUGGUGAUCACCUUUCCUGAACUACAGAUGGAACAAGAGCACUGCUUGUCUUAUAAAUAAAGGGGCAGUUUGCUGUGGGACAUCACCCAAUAUUUUUGCCCCCAGAAAACACUACGGCCAAGACUUGUAUAUAGUUUCGUCGCUUUUAUGCAGUGGUUUUCUUAAUGUAGCGAACGGAUCUAAUGUUCAAUCAUGUAACGUUCAAUCUAAUGUUACAAUUUUGUUUUUGGAGUUAAAACACUUAAACGUGAAUGACGAUCGAAAAUGCGUCUAACCAUUUUGUCUAACCAGUUCUGACAAAAUGCCAAUAAGCAAACUGCUCCUUUAAAAUUUCUCUCAGCGCAUACUAGUCUUAAACCGACAGCAACGUGGUGGUCCAUUCUCAUACGAAUAGCAAAAAAGACAUUUUACGUUACUGAAUUCAUCUCGGUCCACCUGAGCCUCGAUUUUUUUUUUUCUUUUUUUUGCUUAGCGCUUUAUUGAAUUGUUCGAUUGAAAUCAGAAUAGUUGCAUAUCAAAUCGCUGAAUUAUGUAGAAUACCGACGCAUAUGUUCCGCUGUAUCGCGUGCAAUCACAUUACCGUUUUAGGGAAAGUGAUUUUUAAAAAGAGCAAAAAGCAUGCUUUUAAAUUCAUGGCCGUUUUUCUAUUUACCUCGAUAAAUUCGAGAAUCAGUUCUUCUUCAGUUAAUUUCAGACUUGAACUCCUCCCUCGCUUUUAAGACUCACAAGCAUGCCUGUAAAUAGCGUGGCUCGCGUAAGACACCCUUUUGAUACUGCAAAGCAUCGCAGAUUUAAUUUUUUAGAUCUGUGACUGAGAGUGUUUCUUGCAAACACACCUCGUGUCUGCUCUUCUUUUUCUCUCCGUUUAAAGCUUUCCACAUCUUCUAAACGAAGACCGCCUUAAUUCUUCAUGCAAAUUAAGCAUGCGUGAACCGAUAGCUUUCGAGUUUCCCUCAAGUGCCACAACUCUGUUGGUGGAUGUGGCUACAUCCUGUGCUAUUUUUUUAAUACUGGCUGUUAAAUAUGUAUUUGCGUUUAUUCCUGGUUUCAUUUCAGCAAUCAUUGUGCACUGCGUUUACAAAUGCGGUUGGCGAGGCACUCGUUAUAAACAUGUGACUUGAUCUUUAUUACUUUCGUUUUAAGAUCUCCCUCCACCGAGCCAAAGGAGGCCGAUUUUGAAACGUUCCAUGACUAGCCUCGUUUAGCCAAAGUAUUUAACAACCCUGUAUCUAAAAUGUGACUCGAAUGGCUCUCUUUUUUUUUCAAUAAAGACAUUCCUUUUGAGAUUGUA